UUAUCUGUGCCACAAAAAUGUCAAAUAAAAAAUAAAUAAAGAGAUAUUUAUUUUGCUCAUCGUGUUUUUAGGAAAUAUUUUUAUACAUGACAGAAAUAUUAUAAUGUUUAGUCAACCGCCUGAAAUCGAGCAUCACAAAAUCAAUAGACCACCCCACAAAAAACGGAACAAACGAAAAAAGAAAAAUAACCAUAACAAAAAUCAUUUCAAGAAGAGACAGGUGAAAAUUGGUUGUUCAAUGUCUAACUGGGCGGAGAAUUUUGCUGUGGCUGCGACUUGGCAGCUAAAGCAUCAAGUUGCUUACUGGAAAGCGCGUGCAAAAUCUCUUGAAUAUGAGAAUAGUGUGCUCCAUGAUAUCAUUCGUAAAAGAUAUGGUGAGGGCAGUGUUGCGCACCAAACUGAAUCUGAUUCAGAGAGUGUAGAGGAGCAUAACUUAUCUGAAGAAGCUGAAGAGUGUGAAGAAGAAGGAGAGGAUUUUGAGGUUAGCGAAGAGUUUAUUCAGUUUUUAAGAGAAAAUGCUAAGUACAAAGAAGAUGCUAGGUUGGAACGUGAAAGGUUGAAAGCAUUGCAAGAAGGCAGUAAUGAUAAAACUAUGGAAGAAGCAGCGGAGACUGCAGAAGAUCGACAGAGAAAUUGGGAACAGUUAUAUGGAGAAGGCUGGCAGCGGAUCUCAACAUUAGAAAUGUCAUUGAAUUCACAUUUUAUCAAUGAAAGUGAUAAACUGAAACCUGUAUAUUGGCCUAAUAUUCCAUUAAAUUUGAGUUGAUUUUUACACAUUGAUUAAAUAAAAACUUUGCUUGCAUGCUGUCGAGAUCACAAUUUGUAGACUUGUAAGCAUUGUUUAAGUUGUUGAUUGUUAAUGCAUGGUGUCUUUCUUUUAUUAAUGUUAAAAAAGUUGUAACGGCACACCUUGUUUUAUAAUGUGUGAUGAUCAUUUUAUGAAUUAUGAUUUUUACACAAUUACCAAGGUGCUAAUAGUUAAAAGCAUUAUUUUACCCUCUUGAUUAUCAUUUAUAUAUAUGGCUUACUUUGAAGCAGGUGA